CCAGCUCAGCGGGCGGACGGAGGGGCGGAAACGGCAGCGCGCUCUGUUGUGGUCAAGCUAGCGGCUGGCUCGGCAUUUCCACAACAAAUCAACACAGGCAGCAGUGAUUUUUCUGUAUUAUUGUAACACAGCUGCAAUCAAGUUGCGGGACCUAUAAAUCGCCGCUUAAAUUGAAGCUAAUCGGCACCUGUCAGUCCCCAGGUCUACCUGAUGAGCAUGAGCCAGACUCCAGAGCCUUCUAGCGAUGGCGCCACCGUUACAGAAGAGGCUACAAUAACAACACCUGAGAAGGAGAAGAAGGCGGAUGAAGUGGUAGAGGAAGAAGAGGAGGAGGAAGAGUACGUGGUGGAAAAAGUCCUGAAUCGGCGGGUGGUGAAAGGGAAGGUGGAGUACCUUCUCAAGUGGAAAGGGUUCUCUAAUGAGGAUAACACUUGGGAGCCAGAAGAAAACCUGGACUGUCCGGAUCUGAUAGCAGAAUAUCUGCAGAAACAGAAAUCGGCAAAUGAGGGAAAGAGAAAAGCGCCUGGAGAGGCAGACGGAGAUGAAAGCAAAUCAAAGAAGAAAAAGGAUGACAAUGAGAAGUUGAGAGGCUUCGCUCGAGGUCUGGAGCCAGAAAGGAUCAUCGGUGCCACAGACUCUACAGGAGAACUCAUGUUCCUUAUGAAAUGGAAACACUCGGACGAAGCCGACCUGGUGCCAGCAAAAGAGGCCAACGUGAAGUGUCCUCAGGUGGUGAUCUCCUUCUACGAAGAGAGGCUCACCUGGCACUCGUAUCCCUCAGAGGACGAGAAAAAAGACGACAAGAACUAAGGCAGACGAAGUAGCAGGGCUGGGGAAGAGGAAGAACCUUUUGAACUCCAGUGUGCUUUUGAGAGAGAGAGAGAUAAAAAAAAAAGACCAGCAAGACCUUGUGGACUCAUUUGUCGUUUUGGUGUAGUUUCACUCAUCUGAUUCUCCUUUUUAUGUGGAUGUAAUCUAAAUAUAUAUGCUUCAGAUUUGCCUGAAAAGCCAGAGCAAAGGCAAGAAAGCAACGCAGCAGUUAAUUUUCAGCAAACAUUCCAGUCGUUUUUGCUUUGGAUAUCGUUUCCGCUCUGUGUAUCAUGCUUUCUUUUCCCUGUGUAUGCUUACGGAGCGCUACAUUCAGUGCUGAGGUGGACAUUUUCAUUGUAAUUGAUCACCAGUAUUUGAAAGAUAUCGUUCAAAACCGACAGCAGUUGAUGUUGGAGUGUUUUUCUUUUCCCAGUUUCUAAGACAACCACUGUGGGUUUGAUUACUGGUUUGUUUUUCACUAUGUAAACAAAUGCAAAUUUGCCUGAAUUCAUUUUUUUUUUUUAGGUGCAUAUCGGUUACAAUAUUGAGUAUAAUCUGUUUAAUUUUUUAAAAGGUUUUGGGAUGAAAAAAGCCAAACCAGGCAGAUAGGUUUUCCUCAUUUUGGAUUUCAAUCUUACUGAAAAAAAGAAUAAUAUAGUAACGUGAUUAGUGAUGUGACCUUAUUUGGUGUUCUACUUGUUUACAAUCUGAGUUUUUAAAAAAUUUUUUUAAUGAUUUUUGGGGUCAUUUAAAGGUGUGUAUUGACUGCAGAAACUUGGGUAGUUUUCUGGGGUACCCUCAUUCUUUUCUUUGUAACAACUGGAGCCCAUAUAAGUAUAAACAAGCAGAAAUGUACCACAUAAAACACAUGGGAGUCAAUAGGUACAGCUACGUACUAAUCUGAGCCAUCUGGGUGUGGCUAUGUGAUGGGAAGAUGCUUAGCAUUUCUUUUUUGUUGAAUAUUUCCAGCAUUCAGCCACCUCCCACUUCAAAUCUCUUAACGGCUCAUGUUUGCAUGAAAUUGUUCAACAGUGGUGAGUAGAAUAUUUGUGAAAACAAAAUUCAAACCCAGUCACUCAUAGAGAAUGUCAGUUUUACAAUGCUUACAUUCAAAAACAUUAAUAAAAACAGCUAACCCUAGUGAAAAUAUUAUUUGAAUGUCAUUAAUGAAGUGUGGUCUAAAGACAGAGUAAACACACACUUCAAAGCCCUUUUGUUAUGAAUUUAAACUUGUAAUGUUUGUGUUUUUAAUAAUUACUUAAAAAAAAACAACCAGUCCUCUGUCAAUGAUUUUGAAUUUGAAAGAAUCCAAUAGGAUACACAGUGAAGGCCUUGAUUAUUAAAAAUCCUUAGUUAUGUUUUGACAUUAAACUAACUAAUUGGUGUUCUACUUGUGACAUUAAACUAAUUUUAGUUGUCUUUCAGAGUGUAACCACUCAAAGAGCAAACCAAAUUCUGUUAAAUUAAUUGGUUAUAGGGUUAUUGCUGCUUCACGAGUUGUUUUUAAACGAUGAAAACGAUGAAACGGUCUCAGAUUAGAGCUGUAUUUGUCUAAUUUCAGUGUUUCAAUACUCUGUUGCCAGCAUUUGAAAUUUCUUUGUACAAGUGGGAGUUGAACAAAUCAGACAAUGCAGGAUUAUUAUUUGUUGUACUGCAACUUCCAGUUUUAUUAUUUUAUAAAAACCUGUGCAGCAGAGCAGUGACCCUCUGCAUUAGCAAUGUAAUUUACACCCCACAGCGGGCAGGGCGGCAUAAAACUUUCUAGAAAAUAUUUCGGGGGCUUUUCUGGGUUGCGGUCGAAACACACCUUUAACUGCUUUGCCCAAACUUGUUUGGUGUAAGCUUACAAAUCAUUCUGUGAAUAAUUUGUUUAUUGUAAUCUUUCUAGUGUCUUUGUUUUACUUGUCACUUUUGGAAAAUAAAACCAAUUUUUGUUACAA